AUGUACGCUGUCACUGGUGAAGAUGUAGCCCGAGCUAUUUCAUGGCUGCUCGGAUGGUCAUAUUUCACAUCUUGGUCGCUGUCUUUCUACCCGCAACCACUGCGCUGCUGGAAACGCCGCUCCACUCGUGGUAUAACCGUUGAUUUUCCUCUUUUGAACAUUGUGGGCUUCACAAGUUAUUUCAUCUCGACAACAUCCUUCUUAUUCUCACCUGAGAUUCGUCAGCAGUAUGCUGUUCGGCACCCGUUCGCUCCUGAGCCUACUGUUCGAUUCAAUGAUCUGGUCUUCGCCCUGCACGGUACUAUCGUGUGUUUCGUUUUCUACAGCCAGUUCUAUCCUCGACUAUGGAACUUCGAGGUUGUCAAAGGCCAACGAGCGAGCUCGACUGCCCUUGGUAUCUUCUAUGGAAGCAUCAUAGGUGUUGCCAUCACUGUCCUGCUGGUCUCAUUGUUCAAGGGUGGAAGAGACACUGCCGAUUCAUGGGCAGAUAUUGACGUUAUAUAUGCUUUUUCUUACGUCAAACUUAUCAUCACUCUCAGCAAAUACACCCCUCAAGCAUGGUACAAUUACAAGAUCAAGUCGACAGCAGGUUGGGCUAUUGACAUGAUCUGGCUCGACUUUAUUGGUGGUGUAAUGUCUCUUCUUCAACUGAUUAUAGACAGUGCCUUGCAAGCAGACUGGAGUGGAAUCACGGGCAAUCCUGCCAAAUUAUUUCUUGCCAUGUUCAGUCUUUGCUUCGACAUGAUCUUCUUCGUACAGCACUACGUCCUAUACAAAGGCAAUGAGCUUCCAAGCGAGGAUGAAGAAGAAGAUGCGACAAGACCUCUUCUUGGAUAA